ACGAAUUGUAAUGUUUUCUACGUCCAUUGACAGUCCUUGCAGCACUUUGCAACCCCGUGUUUUCAAGAAUAAUUUUGUAUGUUAAAAUUUUGCGUAAUCAAUGCGUAUUAGAAGGUAGGAGACAUACAAAAAAUCGUUCUGUUGACCGUGCUAUAGACUGUUUGAUAAAAACGAAAGCGUCCAGUGUGGUUACUAGAUUUUCAAAGACAACAUGGGGAACGUGCUUGCUGCUUCCAAACCGAUCGCUGCCGGUGGACUCCCACCUCUGCCCGCCGAGCCACUCCCUGCAGCGGUAAGUUUGGAGCCGGAAAAACCACUGGACAAUCCUGGCACGAUGGAAGAAUUGCACAAGAAGUGUAAAGAUGUUAUGCCAGCCAAUUUCGAGGGAGCAAAGCUUAUGAUCAACAAAGGCCUGAGUAAUCAUUUCCAGGUAUCACACACGAUUAACCUCAACUCUUCCAAUACAAGCGGGUAUCGAUUUGGAGCAACUUACGUGGGCACAAAGCAAAUAUCCCCAAACGAGGCUUUUCCCGUAAUAUUGGGUGAUAUCGAUCCAGCUGGCAACUUGAAUGCCAAUAUCAUUCAUCAAUUGGCACCGAAUGUGCGUUGUAAAUUCGCUUCUCAGAUUCAGAACAACAAAGUUACUGCCGCACAACUAUCGACGGAUGUGAAAGGUCCAGACUACACCGCUUCAUUUACUGUUGGCAAUCCAAAUAUUAUUAACGAGUCCGGUGUUCUUGUCGCGCACUAUUUACAGUCGGUCACAAACCGCUUAGCUCUAGGAGGCGAACUAGCCUAUCAGUAUGGUUCUCAGGUGCCCGGUGGCCAAAUUGCAAUUAUAUCCGCAGCCGCUCGGUACACAUCCGGAUUGUCAUCAUGGUCUGGAACGAUUGGACUAGCUGGGGUACAUCUGUGCUACUACCAGAAAGCCAGCGAUCAACUUCAAUUGGGUGUCGAAGUUGAAACUAAUUUCCGAAUGCAAGAAGCGGUGGCUACACUCGGCUAUCAAAUUGAUCUACCCAAAUCUGAGCUGGUGUUCCGUGGAAUGGUCGACACCAACUGGUCAGUGGCAGCCGUCCUGGAGAAGAAACUUCAACCACUGCCAUUCACAUUUGCACUAAGUGGCAUUUUGAAUCAUACCAAAAAUCAGUUCCGGCUGGGCUGUGGAUUGAUCAUUGGUUAAGGAUAUGCGCUGAGAAUUUCUAAGACGAAGUUCAUGACAUAACUGCUCGAUGUGUGCAUAGUGUUUUCCCAUUGAGUGAUAUUGAUAGAGGACUCUUGUUUCCAGCGAAAACGAGCAACACAACAAAGUUAGUCUGUUAGAAAUAUAAAAAUAAAAACUGAACGAAAUAUAUAUCAAUAGCUAAAUCAGUAUGACAGAGAUCUAUAACAUUAAUAAAAAGUUAUAUGCUUGGACUACUGAAGAGAUUUGCUUUAUUCUAAGUCAGUUGUAUUUGCUCAGAACGGUCGAAGCGUUUAUGUUGUUCCUAGUAAUCAGUCACGAAAACUAAAGUGUUGCCCUGCAUUCCCUCGUGAAGCAAUAAACAGUUUCCACACUCGCA